UUUUGGAUGAUUAUAUUUAAUUUAAAACUAAUUUAGUAAAAAAGGAAAAAAAUUAAGAAUGUCGAGCUGAUCACUGAACCUUAUCCAUAGAGAAGAUCUUCGAGCAGUGGCAAUGGAAGACAAAACGACGCCGUUACCGAUCUCCGAAGAUCUCUCCCGGAAAAUCACAUCUCUCGCCGCCGGCGAAGCGCACACCAUCGCUCUGACUGGCGAUGGAUGCGUUUACUCGUGGGGAAGAGGAAUGUUCGGGCGUAUCGGCACGGGGAGAGAGACGGACGAGCUCGUUCCAGCUCGAGUCGAGUUCGAUUCUCCAGCAGCUCGAAUCGUUGGUAUUGCUGCUGGUGCUUAUCACAGUCUCGCUGUCUCAGAUGAUGGCUCGGUUUGGUGUUGGGGUUAUAACAUUUAUGGCCAACUUGGUUUUGAUGGGGAGAACACCUUGGCUCCACGCUUGAUACAGAACUUCUUUGAACAAGAAGCAUCUAGUUCUUCUCCUGAUGAUUCAGGUAGAGAAGCUAGAUCAGAUUUAAAGGUUUGUGCGGUUAAGGCUGGAUCCAUGAUGUCGCUUGCCAUUGAUAACGCCGGAGGUCUUUGGAUGUGGGGCAAUGUUCCACCACAAGAGACCGGACCUGAGCCUCGUUUGUCUUUCACAAGCGUCCCGAUUCCGUUUCCUAUACCAGAGUUCAAUGGCCGGACUGUUUUGAAGGUAGCAUGUGGGGAUGAACACGUUGUUGCUCUUGUUGGUUCUAAGGAGAUUCAAGAACCUGCGUUGUAUUCUUGGGGUAAUAAUCACCAUGGCCAGUUAGGGCUUGGAGACGGAGAGGGCCGCGCAAGGCCUCAGGUUGUGGAGACGUUUAACCAGAACUCUGGUCUUACAGUCUACGACAUAGCUUGCGGUGCUCAUCACACAGCUCUUCUCACCUACAAGAAGGAUGCACCGGAAGGACCAAGCGUUUGCUGGACCUUCGGGUUUGGAGAAAACGGUCAGCUUGGGCGUGGGAGCACCAAGAGCUCACCGGUUCCAGAGCCGGUUUCAGAGCUCCCGGAACACGCUCACUUAGUUUCUGUAGACUGUGGGUUGUUCCACACGAGCGUGGUGUCGUCCGAGGGAUACGUGUGGUCAUGGGGGAUGGAGAGGGGACUAGGGCUAUGCCCUGAUGUGAAUUUCUCAGAAGUGGAAGCAGGAGACGACAGUGUACCGAGAAAGAUAACCGGUGGGUCUAGAUUUCGUGACCCGGUUCAGGUUUCUUGCGGGGCUGCACAUACAGUUCUCGUGGCGAACGGUGGUUACAAGAUGUGGUCAUGGGGAAGAGGAAGAAACGGACUGCUAGGGACAGGGAAUGUUAUGGACUGUUAUGUUCCCACCCCUGUCUUCUGGCCGACGAAUGAGGUGAAACAGGACAGUGAAGAAGCACCUAAACCUGAUGCUGAUGGCAAAAGCUCGUCAACGGAGGAGAUUAAACAGCUACAAACAAAGCUUAUGGUGAUGGAAAGAUACGCAAGCAUACUUCACGGAUCCAUAUUUGGAAAGCCUUUCAACGAAGAGGAAGAUAUACCGUAUUCGUUACGGGUCUCCGGGUACUUCGAUAUGGGGAAAGAGUGGGGAGAGAUGCUGGAGAGUGCUGAUAAGAGUCAGCUUGUGAGGCUUCAAGCUUUCUAUGAGGAUAUGAUUAGUAGGGUUAAGGAUAAGGUGUUGCAGAGAAGGAUUCAGGAGAUUAUGAAAGAUUGUCUUCAAUCAUCAGCCCCUAAACACUAGUGUAAUAUCACUUACUGUUGUGCUAAAAAUAAUAUCGUCACUUGAACUGAAGCAGAGAACAUAUGUACUUAGAAAUCAUUUUGAAUGAUUUACUAAAAUUUACUUAA